ACCUGUCUCUCUCUCUCUCUCCCUCUCUCCUCUCUCUCUUUCCAUAUUCGCACACUCCCGCCAUGGGAGCUCCAGCGAUGGUUUCUCUCUCAUCAAGGCCCUCUCUCUCUUACCCCCUAUCAUCCCCACCUCAUUCAUUCACCCCACAUUUCAUUUUUUCUCCUCAUUCUUCUUCUUCAGUUCUUUUUUCUCGAUUCAAAAGCUUCUCUAGAAGAAAGUUACUGCUAAACACAAGCCCUUGUGCACGUUUCAGACCUGUGAACGCUUCUUCUAUUGAGAGAAACCCAACGAAAUCUGAAGGAAAAUGGCUUCUUGAGCCUGUAGGUGAUGGUGAUUCGAGGCACAUAGGCUAUAAAGUUCCACUGCCAGAUGCAUUUGAAAUAGCAUCCAAUGUGGUAACUGUGGGCCGUCUUGCAGAGAAGGCAGAUAUGGUGAUUCCAGUUGCUACAGUAUCGGGCUUACAUGCUCGGCUUGAGAAGAGAGAAGGAAAUCUCAUGGUCACAGACUUGGAUAGUACCAAUGGGACAUAUAUCAAUGAAAAGAGGCUUAACCCAGGGAUUUCUGCUGCUGCAUCACCUGGCAGUUGUAUUGUAUUUGGUGAUACACAUCUUGCGGCAUUCCGUUUAUUGAAGCUCGAGUCAGAGGAUGAACCCUCUGAACCAGAAACACCCAAGGCAGUGCUUGAGACUGUUGAUCUUCCCAACAAUUCUUAACCCUUGAGUUAAGAUCUGUAUAUUUUCCUUAAUUAAUUUGUAAUAUAAACUUGAACCCUUUUCUUCAGAAUCUGUGUCGAGCUUGUACCAUGGAGAAAUCAGGAAGUUUAGAUGAUAUCUAUUAUUAUUUGCUUAAAUAAAUGCUCAAAAAUGGUAAAAUGUGUUUGGAUUUGUUAAA